CGGCAGCGGCGGCGGCGGCAGCGGCGGCGGCGGCGGACAGCCAGAGGACCGGGGGCCAGCCGGAGCUCUGGUAGCGGCUGCUGCAGCAUCGGAGGAAGAGGAGGGGGAAGAGGGGCAGCCAGCGGAACUCGGAGGCAGCGGCCGGGCCGGGCUGCGCAGGCCAGCGCAUCCCCCAUGGCCCACAUCGGCCCUGGGGAGCUGGACAACAUGGAGGGGCCUCCCUCGGUCAACAAUAACAACCCCACCCGAUGGGAGAGCCCCGAGCGGGCCUGGGAUCGUGAAGUCCCAGCAGCCCCCGCGGCAGCUUCUGGGUCGGCCAACGCAGCUGCUUCCCUCUUUGAGUGUUCCCGAAUCAAGGCGUUGGCAGAUGAGCGCGAGGCGGUACAGAAGAAGACAUUCACCAAGUGGGUGAAUUCUCACCUGGGGCGAGUGGGCUGCCGCAUCAGUGACCUGUACGGAGACCUGCGCGAUGGCUACGUGCUCACCCGACUCCUGGAGGUGCUGUCUGGGGAGCAGCUGCCGCGGCCCACGCGGGGCCGCAUGAGGAUCCACUCCCUGGAGAACGUGGACAAGGCUUUGCAGUUCCUGAAGGAACAGCGCGUCCACCUGGAGAACGUGGGCUCCCACGAUAUCGUGGAUGGGAACCACCGGCUCACCCUCGGGCUCGUCUGGACCAUCAUCCUCCGCUUCCAGAUUCAGGUCAUCAAGAUUGAGACAGAGGAUAAUCAGGAAACACGGUCGGCCAAAGACGCCCUGUUGCUCUGGUGUCAGAUGAAGACAGCGGGUUACCCAGAGGUGAACAUUCAGAAUUUCACCACUAGCUGGAGGGAUGGUCUGGCCUUCAAUGCUCUCAUCCAUCGACACAGACCAGAUCUGGUGGAUUUCAGCAAACUCACCAAAUCAAAUGCCACCUACAACUUACAGCGGGCGUUUCACACUGCUGAGCAGCAGCUGGGGCUGGCCCGUCUACUAGACCCAGAAGAUGUGAACAUGGAAACUCCAGAUGAGAAAUCCAUCAUUACCUAUGUGGUCUCCUACUAUCACUACUUCUCCAAAAUGAAGGCCCUCGCAGUGGAGGGGAAGCGGAUAGGGAAGGUCCUGGACCAGGUGAUAGAGAUUGGGAAGGUCAUGGAGCGUUACGAGGAGCUGGCCUCAGAGCUCCUGGCCUGGAUCGAACGCACCGUGGCCCUCAUCAGCAACCAGAGGUUUGCCAACUCGCUCAGUGGGGUCCAGCAGCAGCUGCAGGCUUUUACAGCUUACUGCACCCUGGAGAAGCCCAUCAAGUUCCAGGAGAAAGGGAACUUGGAAGUUCUGCUCUUCAGUAUUCAGAGCAAACUUAGAGCCAGCAACCGGCGUCUCUACGUGCCCCGAGAGGGCUGUAGCAUCUCGGACAUCAAUAAGGCAUGGACACGACUAGAAAAGGCAGAACAUGAGCGGGAGGUGGCACUGCGAGGGGAGCUCAUCCGGCAGGAGAAGCUGGAGCUUCUGGCUCAGAGGUUUGACCACAAGGCAGCCAUGAGGGAGAGCUGGCUCAGUGAGAACCAGCGCCUCGUGUCCCAGGACAACUUUGGGUAUGACUUGCCGGCUGUGGAGGCGGCCAUGAAGAAACACGAAGCGAUCGAAGCCGAUAUCUCAUCCUAUGAAGAGAGGAUCCAGGCUGUGGCUGACCUGGCCCAGGCUCUGGCCGGGGAGGGUUACUAUGAUGCCCGGCGUGUUGCUGCCCAGCGUGACAGUGUUCUGCGCCAGUGGGAGCUGCUGACCGGGCUGGUGGGAGCCCGGAGGACUCGACUUGAGCAGAACCUGGCCCUCCAGAAGGUCUUUCAGGAGAUGGUCUACAUGGUGGACUGGAUGGAGGAGAUGCAGGCCCAGCUUCUGUCCAAAGAGUGUGGCCAGCAUCUCUUGGAAGUGGAAGACCUCCUGCAGAAGCACGGGCUGCUAGAGGGGGACAUCACUGCCCAGAGCGAACGCGUGGAGGCACUCAAUGCCACAGCACUGCGGUUCUCCCAAUUACAGGGUUACCAACCCUGCGACCCACAGAUCAUCCGCAACCGAGUGAGCCACGUGCACGGCUGCCUGGCGGAGCUUCGGGAGCUGGCGGGCAGGCGGCGGGCGGAGCUGGAGGCCUCGCGGACGCUGUGGGCGCUGCUGCAGGAGCUGGAGGAAGCGGAGGCCUGGGCGCGGGAGAAGGAGCACGUCCUGGAGAGCAGGGCGAGCGGCGGCGGCGGCGGCCCCCACGACCUGCCCAGCGCCGCCCGCCUCCUGGCCCAGCACCGGAUCCUGCAGGGGGAGCUGGGCGGCCGGCGGGCCCUGCUGCAGCAGGCCCUGCAGCGGGGCGAGGAGCUGACGGCGGCCGGCGGGAGCGACGUGGCGGCGCUGGGCCUGCUGGAGCGGGCGGCGGGGGCCCGGCGGCGCUGGCAGAGGCUGGAGGAGGCGGCGGCCAGGCGGGAGAGACGCCUGCAGGAGGCGCGCGCCCUGCACCAGUUCGGGACGGAGCUGGACGGGCUCUUGGCCUGGCUCAGGGAUGCCUAUCGCCUGGCGGCCAGCGGGGACUUCGGGCACGAUGAGGCGUCGAGCCGGAGGCUGGCCCGGCAGCACCGGGCCCUGGCCGGGGAAGUGGAGGCGCACCGCGGCGUCGUGGCGGGCUUGAGGCGCCAGCUGGCGGGCCUGGGCGGCCCCGGGCGGGAGGCGGCGGCGGGCGGGGUCAUGGCGCUGCAGGUGCGCGUGGUGGAGGCCGAGCAGCUGUUCGCGGAGGUGGCGGAGGUGGCCGGCCUGCGGCGCCAGUGGCUGCGGGACGCCCUGGCCGUGUACCGCAUGUUCAGCGAAGUGCACGCCUGCGAGCUCUGGAUCGGCGAGAAGGAGAAGUGGCUGCUUGCCAUGCGGGUGCCCGACGACCUGGACGAGGUGGAGGUUGUCCAGCACAGGUUUGAGAGUCUGGAUCAGGAAAUGAACAGCCUGAUGGGCCGAGUGCUAGAUGUCAACCACACGGUCCAGCAGCUGGUGGAAGGGGGGCACCCCAGCUCGGACGAGGUGCGCUCCUGCCAAGACCACCUCAACAGCAGGUGGAACAGCAUUGUGGAGCUCGUGGAACAGAGAAAGGAGGAGGUGAACUUGGUUCUCUCUGUCCAGAAUCACCUGCUGGAGUGCUCGGAGGUAAAGAGCCAGGUCCGUGAGCGGCGGAUGGCAGUGGAGAGCGCCCCUCGGGCAGGGGGGGCCCUGCAGCGGCUCCUCAGCUCCCUUGAAGCAGCCCUCCUGGCACUGGAGCCCAGGCUGCAGGCUCUCAGAGAGGAGGGGGAGGCUCUGACGGUCCGUUACCCAGCUCAGGCCCCCCGACUGCAACCAGAGCUCGAAGCACUGGACAGUGAGUGGGCAGCCCUGGGCCACGCAGCCCGGAACUGUGGCGAGGCGCUGGCCACUGCCAGCCGGCUUCAAAAAUUCCUGCAUGAUCUCGACUCCUUCCUUGACUGGCUGGUGCAUGCCCAGGAGUCGGCAAGUGGUGGUGGACGGCUGCCGGGCUGCCUGGAGGAGGCAGACAGCCUGCUGACCCAGCACGCUGCCCUCAAGGAAGAGAUGGACCGGCGGGAGGAGGAUUUCGGGCGGAUCCAGGCAGCUGGCGAUGCUCUAGCAGCUGAUGGGGCUGAGCUGGGACCUGAGCUGGCCCUGGAGGACUGGCUGCCCCACUUGGAACUAGGCUGGCAGAAGCUGCUGAGUCUGUGGGAAGGCCGCAGGGAAGCACUGGCCCAAGCCCACAUUUACCAGCUCUUCCUCCGAGAUGUGCGCCAGGCCCACACCGUACUCCACAACCAGGAGACAGUGCUGUCAGGUCUGGAGCUACCUGGGACAGUGGAAACAGUAGUGGAGGCCAUCAAGCGCCACCGGGACUUUCUGACUACUCUAGAGUUGAAUCUACAAAAGAUCCAGGUGGCCGUGCAGGCAGGAGAUAUCUUGCGCAGGCAGGAAAACAUCUAUGCUGAGAAGGCCCAGGAGCAUGUAGCCCAGCUGCUGGAAAAGAGCCAAGAAACUCAGCUUCGGGCCCAGCAGUGGAUGCAGUGCCUCUAUGACCAGCUGGAGUUGCAGCAUUUCUUAAGAGACUGUCAGGAGCUGGAUGGCUGGAUUCAUGAAAAGAUGCUGAUGGCUCGGGACAGUACUCGAGAGGAAGGUCACAAGCUGCGGAAACGAUGGCUCCGGCACCAGGCCUUCAUGGCCGAGUUGGCCCAGAAUAAGGAAUGGCUGGAGAAGAUUGAAAAGGAGGGCCAACAGCUGAUGCAAGAGAAGCCUGAACUGGCGAGCUCCGUCCGGAAGAAACUGGGGGAGAUUCGGCAGUGCUGGGCUGAGCUGGAGAGUACCACCCAGGCCAAAGCUCGGCAGCUAUUUGAGGCCAGCCAGGCAGACCAACUGGUCCAGAGCUUUGCUGAGCUGGACAAGAGACUCAUGCACAUGGAGAGCCAGCUGCAGGGGGUGGACCCUGGAGGAGACCUGGCCACUGUCAACAGCCAGCUGAAGAAGCUGCAGACCAUGGAGUCUCAGGUGGAAGAGUGGUGCCGGGAAGUGGGGGAGCUUCAGGCCCAGACCGCAGCCUUACCCCUGGAACCGGCAAGCAAGGAACUGGUAGGGGAGCGGCAGACAGCAGUGGGCACACGCAUUGUGCGCCUCAUCGAGCCCCUGAAGGAGCGGCGGCGCCUUCUGCUGGCCUCCAAGGAGCUCCACCAAGUAGCCCAUGAUCUGGAGGAUGAGAUUGCAUGGGUCCAGGAACGACUGCCUUUGGCGACUCAGACGGACAGGGGGAACAGCUUGCAAUCUGUGCAGCAGCUGAUUAAGAAAAACCAGAGCCUCCGGAGGGAGAUCCAGGGGCACCGAGGCCGAGUGGAAGAGGUUCUGGAGCGGGCUGGGGCCCUGGCCUCCCUGCGCAGCCCGGAGGCCGAGGUGGUGAGCCAGGGCCUGGAGCGGCUGCAGGGCCUGUGGAGCUCCCUGCAGGAGGAGGCCGAGGGGAGGCAGCAGAGGCUGGAUGCCGCCUUCCAGGUGGAGCAGUAUUACUUUGAUAUGUCCGAGGUGGAGGCCUGGCUGGGGGAGCAGGAAGUGCUGCUGAUGAGUGAAGAGACUGGCAAGGAUGAGCAGAGCACGCUCCAGCUUCUGAAGAAGCACCUGCUGUUGGAACAGAGCGUCGAGAACUACGAGGAGAGCAUCGCCCAGCUCUCCCGCCAGUGCCGCUCGCUGCUGGAGCUGGGGCACCCGGACAGCGAGCAGAUCAGCCGGCGCCAGUCCCAGGUGGACCGCCUGUACGUGGCCCUGAAGGAGCUGGGCGAGGAGCGCCGGGCACGCCUGGAACAGCAGUACUGGCUCUAUCAGCUGAGUCGCCAGGUGGACGAGCUGGAGCACUGGAUCGCCGAGAAGGAGGUGGUGGCCGGCUCGCCGGAGCUGGGGCAGGACUUUGAGCACGUCACGGUCCUGCAAGAAAAAUUCACAGAGUUUGCCAGCGAGACGGGGAAUGCCGGGCGGGAGCGGCUGGCCGCCGUCAACCAGAUGGUGGACGAGCUGAUCGAGUGCGGGCACACGGCCGCGGCCACCAUGGCCGAGUGGAAGGACGGGCUCAACGAGGCCUGGGCCGAGCUGCUGGAGCUCAUGGGCACGCGGGCCCAGCUCCUGGCCGCCUCUCGGGAGCUCCACAAGUUCUUCAGUGAUGCCCGGGAGCUUCAGAGCCAGAUCGAAGAGAAGCGGAGGAGGCUGCCCCGGCUGACUGCGCCGCCAGAGCCCAGGUCCAAUGCGGGCAGCAUGCAGCGGGCACUGAGGGCCUUUGAGCACGACCUGCAGCUGCUCGUGUCCCAGGUACGGCAGCUCCAGGAGGGGGCCGCGCAGCUUCGGACCGUGUACGCCGGGGAACAUGCCGAGGCCAUUGCGGGCCGCGAGCAAGAGGUUCUCCAAGGCUGGAGGGAGCUGCUGGCCGCCUGUGAGGAUGCCCGGCUGCACGUCAGCUCCACGGCAGAUGCCCUGCGCUUCCACAGCCAGGCCCGGGACCUGCUGACCUGGAUGGAAGGCAUCGUGGGCCAGAUCGGGGCCACGGACAAACCCAGGGACGUGUCCUCAGUGGAGGUGCUAAUGAACUAUCACCAGGGCCUGAAGACCGAAAUCGAGGCCCGUGGCCCGGAGCUGGCCUCCUGCCUGGAGCUGGGCCGUUCGCUGCUGCUGAGCAAGAGCCCCAUGGCAGAUGAGAUCCAGGCCCAGCUGGACAAGCUAGUGACUCGGAAGGAGGCGAUGACGGAUAAGUGGGACCAGCACUGGGAGUGGCUGCAGCAGAUGCUGGAGGUCCACCAGUUUGCGCAGGAGGCCGUGGUGGCCGACGCCUGGCUGAAUGCCCAGGAGCCCCUGCUCCAGAGCCGGGAGCUGGGCAGCAGCGUGGACGAAGUGGAGCAGCUGAUCCGGCGGCACGAGGCCUUCCGCAAGGCGGCUGCGGCCUGGGAAGAGCGCUUCAGCUCCCUCCGGCGCCUCACCACGAUAGAGAAACUGAAGGCUGAGCAGAGCAAGCAGCCCCCCACCCCCCUCCUGGGGCGCAAGAUCUUUGGGGACCCCACAGAGCUCGCGGCCAAAGCGGCCCCGCUGCUGCGGCCUGGACCCUAUGAGCGUGCCCUGGAUCCACUGGGCAGGAGAAGCCCGGAGCCCCUGGCUGUGCCUGGCCGACUGGACUCCCCCCUGGCUGAGGGCCGAGCCAGGGUGGCCUACGUCCGGCAGGAACUGAAGCCCGAGAGGCUACAGCCCCGGCUGGACCGGCUCCACGAGGGCCUAGGAGAAGCACUGCCUGCCCUCGGGCUGGGGACCGGGCCCGGGGUCGGGGCUGGGGCCGAGGAGGCCCCUGGACCUCGGAGGGAGAGGCUCGAGACCCGAGGGGCGGCCCCGGUGGAGGUCACGGUGGAGCGGGGCCGGCCCGAGCGGCAGGUGUCUGCCGAGCUGGAGGAGCUGCCCCGGCGGAGGGUAGAGAGGCAUCCGGAGAGGCAGGAGUCCGUCGAGGCAGAGCUCAACCCCGUGGCCAGCCUCACCCUGGGCCGCUACGAGCAGCAGGAAAGGCGCAGGGAGCGCAGAGAGAGGAGGCUGGAACGCCAGGAAUCCAGCGAGCAGGAGACUCCCCGGACGGACCCUGCCAGGGGGAAGGCCACCCUGGCUGACAUUGUCGAGCAGCUCCAGGAGAAGGAGUCAAGCCCGGGGCCUUCAGCCAAUGCCACUGCCACCGUUGGGCCCUCGAUCCCCCAGUCCCGGGAGCUCCCACCCUCAUUCCCUGAGCGGAUGCCCCGACCUGACCGGCCCCGCGCCCGCGACCGGCCCAAGCCCCGGCGGCGUCCUCGGCCCCGGGAUCCCAGUGGUGAAGGAGGUGGCGCCGGGAGGAGGUCUCGAUCUGCCCCUGCCCAGGGCACCAGCGCCCCACCACCCCCGCCACCCAGCCACACAGUGCAGCGUGAAGGCUUCUUGCUCCGCAAGAGAGAGCUGGAAGGGCCCAACCGCAAGGCUUCUAACAGGUCCUGGAUGAAUUUGUACUGUGUGCUCAACAAAGGUGACCUGGGAUUCUACAAAGAUGCCAAGGGCCCGUCAUCGGGGGGCACUCACGGAGGGGAGCCCCUGUUCAGCCUGCACAAUGCCAUCUGCGAGGUGGCCAGUGACUACAAAAAGAAAAAGAACGUCUUCAAACUCAAGACCCAUGAUGGCAGCGAGUUCCUUCUCCAGGCCAAAGAUGAGGAGGAAAUGAAGGGCUGGCUCCAGGCCAUGGAAAGCUCGGUGGCGGAGCACGCGGAGAUCUCCCGUUGGAGCCAGACUCUGCCCACCACAUCCUCCACGGACGAGGCUAACCCGAGGCCAGAAGGCCCGGGCCCUCGAAGAGCUAGUGGCCGCAGGAAGUGACCACCACACAGCUGUCUUCCCCGCCAGCCACCUUCCUCCCCUCUGCCUGCCUGGGCACGGAGCCACUUCGUCUUUCUCCCUUUGUGGACAUGGAGAGAUGCCUCCUGGGCCUGCCCGGUGGCCCCAGAGACCCCUGGAAACCGCCGGUGGGAGGAAGGUCGGGUCCUCUCCCAGGACGGGUGGGGGCCUCGCUGGGGAGGCCUGCCCUCACAAGCCAUAUCGCUGUUCCUGCCCCUUCCCCAGGGCCUUGGGCUUCAUUUUUUUUUAUGCAAUAAAUGAGGUGGGAGGGAGGGGACAAGGGGAGUAGUGAGUCAGAGGGGGGCAGGGGAGAGGAGAGCCACCUGAGCCAAGCCUCCCUUCCCCUGGCCCUUCCUACCGGGAGGGGCCGCCAGAUCUGGGGGAGCAAUAAAUCUCUCCCCGCCCCAUGGUUUUUCAGGGGACAGGGAGCCCAGUGUGUCAGGAGACAGAGGCCUGUGGGGGCCCCCGGGAAUGCAGGGACCCCCAUGGGGCAGCCAGCCCAGGGUGCUGGGGGAUGCGGGGGUGCCCUCCUCUGCCUUUACCUCACUUCCAAAGCUGCCUUGUUCUGCCUCUGGGCCCAGCUGGGGGAGGGGGGGAGAGGGGACCCCGAGCCUGAGCCCCCACCCCCCACCUCCUGAUGCUCAGCGCCAUCUGGUUCCUUUUGAUCUCAGUUUGUGUUUGCAGCCUCCAUCCUUCCACGGCCUUCUUCAUCCAUUGGUCCUCUCUCCAUAGACUGGGGGGAGGGUCUCAGGCCCCGCCCCCCAGGCGUGGGAAGGGGAGCUCCUGAGGCCUGCCAGUCACUGCACGGCUGGGCGCCGCUCUCCCCGCCCCCCACGCUGGGCACCGCUGGGCACGUCCCCAGCCUCAGGAAGGGGCCCGGCCAGGGGCAGGGGGAGGGCGGCAGAGCCCGGCGCACUGUAUGCACCUUUAAUAAACCCUUGUUCUGUCCAGUC